CAAUGUCAAGGUGUUAAGAACACCAGCCGCAAUAAUUUGUCUGACACCAUCAUGACCGCUAGAAGACAACCACUGCUGUAGGAUCCAAAGGCCUGUGAAAGUGGUUUAGUGUCCUUAGGACCAAAUAGUAUAUUCUUUCUUUGACUGCCUUUGCCAAAUUGCUAAUUGACCUUCCCCGCCUGCCGCAAUGGAGAAGUUCUCGCAGUUCCGGGAUAAAGGCUCCGGCAUAUCUCCCUUCAUGCCCGUCUCGACCCCAUCCUCACUGCCCGCAAGUGCACUGCACGCCUUCCUCUUCCUCGUCCGGUUACCCUUCUUCCUCUUCACCACAAUCGCCUACUUCCUCGUCCUGCAGCACCUCCCACUCCCCGCCGUCCUACGCAAGCUCCUCCUCUGGUGCAUCCUCGCCAUCCCGGGAAUAUGGUGGGUCGACCUGCAGCUGGACGGCGUCAAGCGCGGCUCGCUGAGCCAGCAGCCGCGCUCGCGCGUCCCGCACCCCAAGUCCAUCAUCGCCGCCAACUUCACCUCGCCCAUCGACGCGCUCUACCUCGCCGCCGUGUUCGACCCGGUCUUCGUCGCCGCGACGCCCACCUCCCGCCGGGUCCGGCGCAUCGGCCUCUUCUCGGCGGUCUGCGCCGCGCUCUCCCCCUCCGCCCAGCUCUCCGCCAAGGUCUUUGACUCGCAAGAGUGGGAAGGAGGAGAGAAAGAUACAGCAAGUGCCAGUGCCAGCAGCAGCAGUCUCAGCGAGCUGGUGGCCCGGUACCCGGGCCGGGUGAUCGCCUUGUUCCCCGAGUGCGGCACGACCAACGGCAAGGGCGUGCUCCCGCUCAGCCCCUGCCUGCUGACAGCGCCCGCCGACAGCGCCAUCUUCCCCGUCAACAUGCGCUACACGCCGCCAGACGUGACGACGCCCGUCCCCGGGCUGAAGGGGUGGGCGAGCUUCCUGUGGAAGCUGCUUGGCCGGCCGACGCAUUGUAUCCGGGUCCGGAUCGCGGAGGGCAAGUUCAACACCGCCGCGGCGCCGAACGGCGUCUCGGACGAUGAAAUGGCAGCGUUGGAUAGUGAUGGUUUGAAACAGAGGAAGGUUGCGCCCACGGCGGAGGAGCAGAAGUUGUUGGAUCAGGUAGCGGAGGCGCUGGCGCGGCUGGGGAGGGCGAAGAGGGUGGGGUUGACGUUGGAAGACAAGAAGCGUUUCGUGGCCGCGUGGUCGAAGAGGAAAUGA